UUAUCCCUGAUGACCACAACUGGUUUUACAUAUUUCUUAGACUAUCUAAACCCAACUUCUGCAUUAUAGAUUCGCAGAAAAACAGACGGAGAACACCUCAUGUUUUAUAAGACAUUCUCAGGAACUACUAGUUUCAAUGGACUUUUUAAGAGAUCCUCCAAGAAUUUAGAUGAUCUUAGUAAAGUCCACCAAAGAGACGUAAAAAGUCCAUUGAAUAUUUGAAGACAAGGGACUAAUUUUUAAAAAUUUCAUCAGAAUUCCUAAAACAACACUUAAUGAUAAACCUAAGCAAAGGGUUAGGAGAAGGGUAUUUUCACAUAAUAGAAUUGUUUCCCCAUCAAGACCAAUUGCAGACCUAAUACUGGCCUCUCCAAGUUCAAAUUCAUGAUUAAAAUCUACCAAUCGAAAGUUUACUAAUUCCUUUCUUGAUCUCAAGAGAUAUCCAAUUUCCUUACUUAUCAGAAGCCCUCAUAAGAAAGAUCCAGCUAAAAAGUUAAAAUAAAGAUGAGCAAAAGCUGCUGAGACAAUUAGAAAUUGUUAAAAAUAAUAAAAUAAACAUUCAAAAACGUUUAGACAUAUGAAAAAGUAAUCGUCGGAGACAGAUACAUUCAAUACUAGCAAGUUUCCUCAAUAAUUCUUGUAGUCCAACCAUGCUGAUAAAAGCAACAAUAAGUGUAAUAAGGAACGAAGGAUGCUAUUUACACCAGAAACUAAUGCGGAUACACAACUUUCUUUCUAUAAGAACUCGAGAAUGAGCAGGCUUUACAGUCCUCAAAACUUACUUGAUACCACCAACAAAGCUUUAAAGAGAAAGAUUAAACUGGCUAAAAAGAGAGCCAAUAAAGAGUCAAAGCUUAAGGUCCACAAUGCUGCUAUUAUCAUCCAAAAAGCCUUCAGAGGGUAUCAAAGUCGGAAGUAUAUAGAUUGCUACAAAAAACUCCGGUUUACCAGAAAUAUCUUAGAUGUUAAAUUACAAGAAAUGCAGGACCAUAUAGACCAGAAAAUGUCAAAAUUUAUUAAAAACAACGAACCCCAAAUAAUCCGAAUCCAAAGCCUAUUCCGUGCUACUCGUGAUCGUAUUCACACAAAACACCUCAAACGCAUCAAAACCGGCUGUAAACUCCUUGAAUCUCUCUCAAAAUCACACUACACCUCACACAUAUCCCACUUUUUCCGCUGUCUCACCAAACACUAUCGCAAGUUCAAGCUUCACACAUGAAAGCUCAGAACCCAGUCACACCUAGAAGCCUUGCUCAAACAAAAACAAGAAGACAUGGCCAGUGAGAACAAAGGAAGAAGCAGAAGGCUAAAAUUCGCACAAAAAUUUAAAAGUGAGACUACCAGUAAAAAUGCAACCCCGCAGUUUAACUUCUCGAAAGGGUCUAUUUUGAGAGUCCCAGGUGCAGGAGAUGGGUCUACACCGAAUAGUGGGGAGAAUGGAGAGGAUAUAGGCAGGAAUUCAUGAGUUUUUAUAAAUUCUAAAAGUCAUUUCCAGUCGGAUAGUCAGAAGUUUAGAAGAGGAAAGACUAAUAAUGAAAAUAAGGGACAAGAAGAUAUUAAUAAGAAAAUUAAAGAAAUUGAGGAUAAGCUUCAAAUGAUCGAAGAAAUUGAACGAAAAAGUUCUAUGUUGGAAGGCAGCUUUCUCUCAUUAAAAUUUGAUGAUUCGGAUGAUCCAAGCUCAGUCAAUUUGAGUGAUAAUUCUCAAAAUAUUGAUGACUCAAAACUAAGACUGAAUAUCAAUCAACCUGAAACUCCUCAUGAAGAAGAAUCGUUAAGCACUCCAGCCCUCUUUUCUCAAUCAAAAUCCCCUCAAGAUACAUAUUUCAUCAGAGAACCAAAUGGAAAGGAGACUGAAAUCACAGGAAUCUGGCACUCUAAAGCUCCUGAUACCACCCCUCCACAGCCUUAUACCACUAAAAACCAGAAAUCACCUGAGAAAAGGCUCAGAAAGUCCAAAAGGACUCAUAACACUCCUCACCAUUUACAAUUGAUUAAAGAAGAAAGUUUCACUCAUAAACUCAAUUCAAAUAAUCGAAUUGAUAAUUCCCUCAGCACCAAAAGUGUGCCUCGUUGUUCCAAUAGCAAGUUCAAGAAAUCUAGAGCAGGAUCAGCCGGCUUCAGACCAAAAAUGAAUACUGAUAAAGUUCUGAUAGAUAAUUCAGGGUUUGCAGAAGCAGUCAUGAAAACAAACGGAAAGAAAUCCCAGAUCUUAAAUAAACAGUAAAAUAGUUGAUAAGUCAAGUUGUGUGUUAGAAUCACAGCUAUUAGGCACCUUGGAAAUG